CUCAUCAGUCUGUCUUUCUCUCUCCCCUUCCACCGCCUCUCUCUCACUCCGUCUCCCACUCUCUUUCUCAAAAUCGACAUAACAAAACUUUGACCACCCAAACAUCACCCUCGACUUGGCCAUGGCAGAGCAAAAUUCUUUAUUCCGAUCCCACUCUCACCAUUGAGAACUUCUGCACCCGUCCUUAUUAAUUUGAAUUCCACCAAUUAAGAGAUGAACAGCACAGACCCUUCCCCUAACAAUGGCCUCCUAGGCGCCAAAAACAUCGGUGCGUUCGGCUAUGGCAUCGGGAUUUCUGUUGGUAUCCUCCUAGCCAUCACCACCAUCACCCUUGCCUCCUACUUCUGCACCCACAAUGAUCAGAUGCCCUCCUCCGACCAACCUCAGCGACGCUCGGCCCAACGCUCCGGCCAACACACCGUCACCAUCGAAGAAGGGGUCGACGCGGCCACCCUCCUGAGCUACCCCAAGCUCCUCUACUCCCAAGCCAAGCUUCGCAGCAACGAUUCUACUGCCUCCUGCUGUUCCAUCUGCUUGGCCGACUACAAGAACACCGACGUGCUUCGGCUGCUACCCGGUUGCGGCCACCUCUUUCAUCUCAACUGCGUCGACCCAUGGCUACGCCUGCGUCCUACAUGUCCCGUCUGUCGAACAUCGCCGAUUCCUACUCCGCUCUCAACUCCGUUGGCCGAAGUUGUCCCGUUGGCAAGCAGGCGGGAAUAAGAUAGCGCAAAACCAAUUCAUGGGACGAUCCGUAUUGACACCUCCUUUGUUUUCUUUUUCUUUGGUUCUUUCUCCUUUACAACAUUCAUUUAAGUUCUGUAUCUGUUAUACUGUCAAGUACAAUCGAUUCUGAUGGGUUUCAUUUAAGAAUCUGAGAUCCUGUAGAACGUAGAACCAGCACUUCAGUAGAAGAUUGAGGCAACCAUACAGUUCGAGAUCAAUUUAAUUAGAAAAGGGUGAUUAGCGCAGCUUCGGUGAGAGUCACUGGCUAAUUAACAGAACUGAUGCUGAGUUCUGAAAGAUGGAAACAAGAUUACACCCAACCAAGUACUCAGAAAGGUGAUCUAAGAGGAGGGGCUGAAAGAGUUUCUGACUCUAAUCAAGAAGUUUCAAUGGAGAGAGAAGGUCGAAGUUUCAUCCCAUGGAGAGCAAAUACUGUAAGUUUCUGACUCCACUGGAACUUAUGCUUAACAGGUUGGAUUCCACAUCGAAAUCUCAACUAUCAAACGAGCAGUAGGUCCAGUACAAAGUUUGUGGACAUAAUAAUUGGAAUAUGCAAUCAACUGGGGAAGUCAUGAAAUGUUGUUCCAGCUGGAGGCGUUGACAUUUACAUGCAAUUCAGAGAUUGUAAUGGAGAAUCUCUUAUCUGAAGGCAGUAUGUUUUAUUAUUAGAUCGA